UUCUCUUCCUCUCCUCAGUUCCUUUAUCUUUGCGUAUUAAUUCAACUGUGAUUAUUCGCACUUUUUUCUUUUUUUUUCUUCUUCCACAACAUGACCAAAACACUUCGGAUCGGCGUUCUCGCGCUUCAGGGGGCAUUUGUUGAGCACAUCCAUGCACUAAGCACGCUGCGCAAUGUUGAGCAAAUCGGCAACAUCGUCGAGGUGCGCACCAAGGAGGAGCUGAGCACCGUCGAUGCACUGAUCAUCCCCGGUGGCGAAUCAACAGCAAUUGCGCUGAUCGCCGAGCGCUGUGGUAUUCUGGACGACCUGCGCGAAUUUGCCCGCACAAAGCCCACAUGGGGCACCUGUGCUGGGCUCAUCCUGAUGGCCAAAAAGGCCACGCACAUGAAGAAGGGCGGACAGCAGCUUCUUGACGCACUCCCAGUGACGGUGUCGCGCAAUCAGUUUGGGCGCCAGGUGGAUUCGUUUACGAUCAAGCUCAGCUCGCCCUGCCUCGAUGAUAUUGGCGCACAGGAAGGGGAGGGCAAUAGGGCCCCGUUCGAGUAUGUGUUUAUUCGUGCGCCGGCUAUUGUGUCUGUGGACGAUCCUGAAGUGCUGCCGUUGGUGCAGUUGCCGCCGGGAUACGGGCAGACAGAGGACUCGGAGAACGGCUUGCUGGUAGCUGUCAGGUACCGCCAGAUGCUGGGCACGUCUUUCCACCCUGAGCUCACUGAUGACAACCGGUGGCACCAGUAUUUUGUGCGCAUGGCACUUGGCAAGAACUAGGCUAGUCUUUGAAAGCAGCAAAGAAGGCAAGCAAAGGCAGGAAAAGUGCAUCUUGAUCUGGAAUCAUGAUGCUUGAAAAACAAUAUCAAAUGGAACGAGUGAUGAUUUGAAUCAGCGUUUAUUUUUUAUUUUUAUCUUUAUUUUUGUUUUCCGA